GCUGCCCUUGUGCCGGCUUGACCGCCACCGCAGAAGCUGCCUUGGCCGCAGCAUCUCCCGGCCUCGGCUUGGACCGUCGGGACUCCCCAAGUCCUUGCCCGUGCGACGACCUCUUCCCUUCCUCAGCCCCUUGCAGUUCCGGCGGGUCCCCGACUUCCCUUGCCCCACUCGAAGCCGCCUGUCUCGAUAUCCGUUUGCCCAGUAUCUGUUCCCGCCCCGCUGUCCCCUGCCCUGCUCCGCCAAGGGUCCCCGUCUCUGGACCUCGGCCCCAUGGUGCUGCAGUCGCUGCCGAGGUCGGGGGUGGCCUUCCGCAAGAUCCUGUCUCACUUCCCUGAGGAGCUGAGCCUGGCUUUCGCCUAUGGCUCCGGGGUGUACCGCCAGGCGGGGCCCAAUGCAAACCAGAAGAAUCCCAUGCUGGACCUUGUGUUCACAGUAGAUGACCCUGUUGGAUGGCAUUCAAAGAACUUGAAGAAAAACUGGAGCCACUAUUCUUUCCUAAAGGUUUUGGGGCCCAGGACUAUCACAACUGUCCAGAAUAACUUUGGCGCUGGAGUUUACUACAAUCCACUGAUAAAGUGUGAUGGUAGGCUUAUCAAAUAUGGGGUUAUUAGCACUAGUAUACUGAUUGAAGAUCUCCUCACCUGGAAUAACUUAUACAUUGCUGGACGACUCCAAAAACCGGUGAAAAUCGUAGCAAUGAAUGAGAAUGCCACUCUUAGGGCAGCCCUUGAUAAAAAUCUGAAGAGCGCUGUGAAUGCUGCUUUCCUACUGCUCCCCGAAAGCUUUUCGGAAGAAGAGCUCUUUAUAGAGAUUGCCGGACUCUCCUAUUCAGUUCAUUGCAUACUGCCUGGGAUCUUAAAAGCUUGUGAGCAGCCAUCCAAGGCACAACAAUUGGUCUCUAUUUGUCUGGAGCAACAGAGGAGAGUCAGGAAAAGAAGGAGGAUAUGGAAUGUAUGGCUAAUUGAGUCCAUGAACAACUGCCUCCUUUGCCAUGGGACCAGAAGAAUUGGAUGGUGCCCAGCUACCACUACUGAACAUUUUGAUAAAAGAUUCUGUAGAAGAAUCCUGAUCAAAAGAGGCGACUUUCGGAUGAUGGUUGGAGAGGAUAAGUCAAAAGUGUUGAAUAUUGUGAAGCCCAACGUAGUUCACUUUCGUGAGCUUUAUGGCACCAUACUACAGGAGAAUCCCCAAGUGGUGUAUAAAAUACAACAAGGCAGACUGGAGCUAGAUAAAAGCCCAGAAGGACAAUUCACUCAGCUAAUGGCACUGCCCAAAACCUUACAGCAACGAAUAAAUCAUAUUAUGGACCCUCCUGGAAAAAACAGAGAUGUGGAAGAAACUUUAUUACAACUCGCUAACGAUCCUGACUGUUCAGAGGUGGUGCGCUUAGGCCUUUCAGCAAUCGUGAGACCUUCCAGUAUGAGACAGAGCACCAAGGGCAUUUUUACUGCUGGCAUGAAGAAAUCGGUGAUUUAUAGUUCAUUAAAACUACACAAAAUGUGGAGAGGAUGGCUGAGGAAAACCUAAUUUUGCUUGCUUUUAUGUCUGUUAUGUAGAGAUGAAUAAAGUGACCUUUUUGACAGAA